GUAAUGUGUUCUUUCCUGGCUUUCAUUAAAGAAACUCAAUGCAGUGCGGUCACGCUGCCGAGCUCGCCUGGCAACCUGCCUACACCCUGUGGUACCUCUUUCAUUGGAGGAGAUCGAGCUCGUGGUUUGGGGCUACAAAAGAAGAGGAAGAGCUUAUUGCAGAGGAAGAGGAAGAACUUACUCCAGAGGAAAAGAGGAAACUGGAAAGAAAAUUAAAAAAAGAGCGCAAGAAGAAGGAGAAACAGCUGAUGAGGGAAGCUGGAAUCCCCGUUAAAAAGGUGGAGCCCCCCAAAAAGCCAUCAGGAUCUGAGCGGGCUCUGGCCUAUUUAACCAGCUGGUCUAAAACCCCAGAAGAAUGGAAGUUUCAGAAGACAAGACAGACGUGGCUCCUCCUGCACAUGUAUGAUAAAGAGAAGGUUCCAGACAAGUAUUUCACCAUUUUACUGGAUUAUCUACAAGGGCUUAAGGGCAAUGCACGAGACAAAACUGUGCAGAAAGCUGAAGCUUUUAUGAAGGAAUUUGAUGGUUCUGAUGGAGAAGACCCAAACCUGCUGGGGAAGUGCGAGCGCAUCAGACAAGUUCUACAACUGCUGUCCUGAGAAUAUUUCUGUGUCAUAAUUGUUGUCUGGUGGAGGGAAGGAGAGAUUUCACACACUGAGGCUGUAAAGGAUUUGUAAAGAUAAUACUAAAUUUUAUACUCGUAAUUUUUCCAUUGGAAAAUAUUUAUCGUGUUUUGAGGUGAUGAAAUAAAAAUAACAUAUAUAGCCCAUAGUCUUGUUAUUAAUCUUAUUGCACCUCUUAUUGGAAGA